AUGGUAUUCGUGCCACCUACCGCGCAUACAGCGCCAUCCCGUAGACCCUACCCCUUCAACGAGGCAUCCACCAGCGACGAGCGCAAAACCGGCCGAUGGUCCUCAAAACUCCGCUUCUGGUGCCGUCGCCGCUGCAGCAAAGAACCGAAAUCUUACGUCGACAACGCCGAAGGUGUCAGAAGCCCAGGAGGCAUCACAUACGUCGACGGUCGCACAGCCAAAAUCGUCGAGAUCCCAUCCCAUCUCUCCCGGUACAUCCGUUGCAGGUACUUCCCGCAAGCCACGGAAUGGUUCAGGACGAGUGAGGAUGACCGGAAUGAUCAUCCUGGAUUGGAGUCUCCAAUCUCGCAUUCCGAGUUUGUGGCCAGGUCGCUGGAGCGACAUCAGAUGGAGCAGACUGCAGGGAGCGGGAGACCCGCUGGUUCUCACAGAGGACAAACACACGACAACCGCAGCGGCAAACCCCAACGAUGGCCCCGUACGACACGUGCUAUGGGGUUUGGAAGGAAGGACUCGAAGGCGCCGCGAGCUGUCGCAAGACAACCGGAAUUCCCGGCAUCAUUCUCCGAGUUCAUGAACGGGCCGCAUCAACCACCGCAUACGGUCCACCGUCCAGAUAUGCGCAGAUUCACGGCUUCGCAGCUGGCGGCUUUGGAUCUCAACACUGCGACCGGACCGCAGCGGCAGGCGGAGGUGGUGUAUACUGCUGGGCUCGGGAGAACGCGCUCGAUUGCGCAAGGGAGUGUGUCUACGUCGGAAGAAGCGCCCAUUUACGCUUCCUUUGUCAGGGGUCCGCAACGACAACCCCACGUGAUGCAGCCGAUGGGGUUCGGGAGGAUGCGGUCGAGCGCGUACAGUAGCGCUAGUGAGCAGACACGAGCGUCGGAACACGCUACGUUCGUCCCAGGACCGCAACAGCAACCUCAACUUAUUCAUUCAGCUGGAAAAGCGCGAGCGCGCUCAGUCGCACCAAGCAUCAUCAGCUCCAACCGCGCCUCAACGAUCGCAAGCAGCGACAUCUUAAGAUCCUAUGUUCGCGGCCACGAGGACGGCAUGAGAGUCGCUGAACGCGAGGCUGUGGACUCGCGCAUGCCUUCGCGCAGUGCGUACAGGGGUGGUGGGAGCAGACGGCGCUCGGGGGAUUCUCGACGGUGGUGUGGUGUGUGGGAUAUGGAGGAUUUUAGUGAUGAGAGGCUGUAUGAGGAUCGGAUGGUGGAGAGGAGGGGGUUUAAGAAGGGGUGGGAUCAGGCGAUGGAGAAGGUGGCGGUCGUGGAGAAGGGGGAGUUGUGGGAGGUGUUCGAGGUAACUAUGGGGCUGUGA